AUGUGCUUAUUUGCAUUUGCUUUGUGCUGGUCACAACUGUAUACACUGGAUGGUUUGCAUGCUGCUGUAGUGGGAGUUAAUGAAAAUCAAGCUGUACCACCCUUGGCAGAAGAUAACAGAGUUCCACCACAACCACACCCAGCUUCUCCUACCUCUCAGGAUAACUCUGAUGAUAAUAUGGAUGUUGGCAAAAGAAAUGUUACAAUAGUUGUACUUGAUGGAGUUGUUAUAGGACCAAUGCAUUGUGCAAUUGAUGAUUGUGUAAAUGAUCUUUCAAAUUCUCAUGGUGCCUCAUUGUGUGAUGUGCACAAUGAAGAAUAUGGGUCCCAAUGCCUUAUUUAG